UGAGAACUUUCACCCCAGAACAAUGGAAAGCGAACGUGUAGCUGUAACUUCUGCGAAGGUUCAUUUUACACGGCAGGGAAGAGUUUCUUUCUUGUCUUUUGUGUAAAAUGCAGCAUGGAUAGGCUGUAAGUACAUGAGGAUACAAUUUCUUCGUCGAAAAUAAUGCGUCAAGGCCUGGCCACAGAGCUUGAACCUCAACACCGCCAUCAUGGUUCCACAGUGGUAAACAUGGACUUAGAUGCAGAUGAUGUAGAUAAAGGAAAACACGACGGAGACAGCUACCAGAUGGAUAGAGAAGAAGUAGAGGAUUUAUUUAAGAAGCUUGAUAAAAACAACGAUGGAAGGAUAGACGUUAACGAGCUUGCAGAAGGUCUAAAGCAUCUGCAUGGAUCGAGAUAUAAAGCUGGGCAAGCUCAGGUUUGUAUGAAACACGGCAGUGAUAUCACAGCUAGGUUAAAGCUUCCUUUUCUCAUUUAUUACUCCCUUUGUUGCGUGUAUUCUUUCCCAUGAGUAGUAAGACUGAACAAAGGUGACCUCUGAGUUUGACUGUAGAUUUGCAAUAUACUUGAAAGUCUUUUAUUUUAUCACGAAAAUAUAUUGUUUUGCUUUUGAGUGUGAAGCAUUUUUAUGCAUUGUAAGCUUGUUUCUUAACUUAAUUUUGCAUAAAUUGCAAUAUCCGUUUUGCAUGCAAUCUUUACUGAAGGAGAAAAUUCCAAAGGAAUAUGUUUAUUGCUUUUUUUUCGGACAUAGCCAACAGCAAUUAUUAUAUAUACUCUUAGGAAAUUAAACAUUUUUUACAGUAUAGUCGAGCCCCAGAAAUGUUUUACAAAAUCCAUAUUUACCCGGAUACGCUUGGCUUGAACUUCACGCUAGGAUUCCAGCAAUUAACAUUUAAAUUUUACAGAAAGAGCAUCGUUUUAUAGUAUUACAAAUGUUAAUGUUUAAUACCUUUAGGGUUAAACCGUUUUAAGUCGGUUCCAGAAGGAAGUGAUAUUAAUCCUUUCAUUCCUAAUACUGGUCAAAGAAAAAAAUGUACCAAGAAAAAAUUUGUAUAUAUCAAAUUUCUUGUUGUAAAAUCCUUUGAAACAAAUGGUACGGUGUAAGGGUUCUUAUUUACCAAAGGUCCUAAAGAGGUUUCAUUGUUUUUAAUUUGGUAACACCAUAGGAUUUCUUCCACAGAUCUAAACGUUUAAUAGUGUGACAAAUCUCACCAUUAGUUGAUACCAUGCGCUAGGAGUGAAGAGUAAUAUUAUAAUCACGCAAAAAGUUGUUCAUUUUGGGUUCAGAACUUUUAGUCUUUACUCUACUGCUACAUUUGUAUUUUUGAGUAAAGCAUUGGCUAUGGUACACAACUGUACAUGCUACAACAACAUUAACAACCACAACAACAACAACCUUUACCAUUAGAGAAAAAAUUAUUACAUUUUAUGAUAGCUCAUGGUAAGAAAGAAAAAAUGAGGUUACAUAGAAUGGAUACAUUAUGAUAAAGGGAUUACUAGGAACUAAAUUAACAAACAUUCUGGUGAUUUUCAAUAAAACUUGAAAUAUGAACGGUGUACAGAAAACGAGAAAUCAGGGUUAUGUAUUGCUACAAUCAUCGCUACUUCUGGCCAAUGUUAUGUGACAAUGUCAAUCAUUCAAAGUCACAAACUAGACCGAAAAGUAUUGGGUCAUUAGCAAAAUGUAGUCGCAGUGCAGCAUGCGGUUUAGUUUGGGCGAUUAGUACAAUUAGUAAGCAUGUUUAUGAAACUGAAUGGUAGAAAUCCAAAGAAACCAGGCAAUACUUUCACUGUACCAAGGACUGUUAUUUGUAAUGAUAGUGAGUUAUUGAAAAUGUUUCUUAAGAGGAAGUAAUAGUACAAGAGGUGCAUUCUAAAGUAGCUUUUGUGGCGUGCUUCACCCUUGUAGCAAAUUAUGACACUUGGUGAUCAGAACCUUGAUGGACACAUGUCAUUUGAAGAGUUUGUCAAGUAUGUGACAGAUCACCAGAAGAAGCUGUGGAUUGUGUUCAAAUCUAUUGAUCAAGAUGGCAGUGGUAUGACAAACUCAGUUACACUCUUCUCCGUGUUCUCUGUCUAUAUGAUCUUUGUAUUUUCUUCAAAUGCUAAUCAGAUGUAGACUGAAACUGACUGUCUGUCCUUGAUUGCCCUUCCAGGAAGUGUGGAUGCUACAGAGCUCAAGAAGGCCUUUGAGAAGAUGAAUGUUCAUGUGACCGACAAGGAAGUAGGCCUGCUGUUGAAAAGGUAGAUUACAGCUGCAAGGUCAAGGCUGUGCACCCUGAUGCUGUGAGAUUCAGGGUGCCCAGCAUAUGAUUUCUAUGCAAAAACUGUGAUUUUGUACUCAUCCGAGAGCAAAAGUUGGACGCCAGGGGCCUUCCAGGCACUGUUAGAGCACAGCCUUGAAGAUGUUAAGCUUUUAGAUGCAUUCUAUGGAAAUGGCAUAUACUCCUUUCAAAUAGGAGUAUGGUUUCAGAUUGUUACCAUAAGAGUGACUGACAGAAAAAGAGCAAUGUUAUUUGCAUAAAAAGGCACAAUUUGAGCAAUUUGUAACUCACACAGGAUAUAUUAGAUUAAAUUAAGCACCUUUUUUGGGGGUUGUAAUUGGCCAACAACAAAAAAAAGCUAUGCCUGGAAGAACUGCGACCAUCUGGCAAUAUGUCCUAGUAAAAGAUGUCAUGUUUCUGUUAUAAUAUUUUAUUGUCUGAUUUGAUUUUUAUAAUGUGUCAGAAGCUCCUACAUGUAUAUGUAUCCUUGUGGUUUGUUUCUUGUAAUUUCUGUUCAAAGUGACCAGAAAACAAUGUGCAGUUCUUAAGUUUUCUUACUGAGAUUGCAAAUUACUUUGAUUUAGAGUUAAAUUAGUGUUUUAGUUCCUAAAAGCACAUUACAUUAAUUUUAAUCCUUUUUUUUCCAAACCUUCAGCAUGGACAGGGACAAAACCUUAAAAGUAAACUGGAAUGAAUGGAGGGAAUAUCACUUGUUGAAUCCCAGCGGACAUAGUAUGCAUGAUAUUAUUCAGUUUUGGAGACAUCAUACUGUAAGUUAUGGCAUGAUUAGUUUUUAACUAAGGUAUUAGAUUUUGAAUCAUUCACGAAAGUGACUGUGCUUUACUUUUGUUCUUUUUGCUCUUUAGAUAUACUUUCUCUGGAUGAUUCUUUGAUAAGAACAACUCGUGGGCUUCUUCACCCUACUUUGUUGUUAUACUUCUUGUUAUCUCCAUUUUUUCCAUGGUUAGAUGCAUUAUUGCUGUGGAGCCCCAAAAACUUGAAAAUGGUUUAAUAACUCAAACUAAUAUUACAUGUACUCUCUUUGGUGGUAUUUUCAGUAAAAUGUAGUAUGCUGAACUUACACCCUUACUAAGUCAUAGUUUUUUUGUUUCCCUUGGGAGUUUGAGCUAGCCAUGUUCUACUGAAUUUAAUAUGAUUAAGUUUGGUCCAGCAAAUUAUAUUACUUUCCGAAAACAUAUUUGGUAAAAUGAUGACUUUUUGAAGUGGGUAAAAGUUAAAUAAUAUUGCUUGAUGUUUUAAUUUAUAGGUUAUUGAUAUUGGGGAGGACAUGACUGUCCCAGAUGAGUUCACAGAGGAAGAGAAAGUAUCAGGGAUGUGGUGGAGGCAGCUUGUUGCAGGUGGUGGUGCUGGAGUAGGUUGGUACAGUGGUUUUUAUUUCCACAUAUUUUAAUGAGGUGCUUUAUGUAUUUGAAGCAAUGUCAAGGUUUUUGCACCUUUGUUGACAAGAGUAAAGAAUAAGCAAGUAGAAUGUGAUUUUCCAGGUGGGUGUAGUCCUGAAUAGGCCUGUUGUCAGAUAGUGACUAAAGUUUUGGCAACCUGUGUGGUAAUGAUCUUCAGCUGUGUCAAAGCCCUUUUAAACUGAAGAUGACUGCCACACAGGUUGGCAAAACAUCAGUCACUGACAACACAAGUCCUCUUCAAGACUGUACUCACCCAGCCAAUCUUAUUACUUCACUUAUGACAUGACUCUUGGGUUCAAGCCAUUUACUGAAAUAUAUAGCUACCACUUGCAUGUAAUUUUUGCAGAAUUUAUUGGCAAUCUGAUGUUUGUUUUUGAGUAGAAAUUUCCCUGCUUUGUCCCACUUAACUGCAGAGCUGCAAAUAACAGUCAUUUAUUGGACUAUGUGCCCCUAAAAUUUUCCCAGGUCUGACUAGAUCCUGCCUGCAUUUGGACAUGGUGUCUGAGCAGAUUAAAUACUGCUAAAGACUAUUACUCUCUUGCUGAAUGUUUGCAUAGUAAUGGCAAAAAAUUCAAUUAAUGUAUGUCUGAUAACGUUUCUGGUUUAUUUGACUAAAAGGAUGACAUCAGACAAUAUGUGAGUUUGUUUUUAAAUUUUAGCAGAAUUUGUUUUGUUUUUAAACUGCAGUAUCCAGGACAGCUACGGCACCUUUGGAUAGAUUAAAAGUUUUAUUACAGGUAAGGAUACACUUUUACUGCAUGGAUUAACCUGAGAUCAGGCUCUAUUUUCAUUUCGCUUUGUAAAUAACAUUCUGGCGGGCAUGGCGAAACGAAAAGAGAGCCCCAAUUUCAGCGGUAGCCGUUAGAGAGAAUGUAUGAGAACCGCUCAAAUUGGGCCUGAUCUCAGGUUAUGCAUGGAUCUACAUUUUCCACAUUUUUUCUAUCUAUGAGGUUAUAAAUGCAUAAUUUACUUAUUAAGGUCAUUUUGACCAAUAUAUUGCAAUAGUAUCACCAUAGCUGAAGUAAAUUAUUAUUGCAAUCACUGAUUAGUAUGAUAGAAGUGAUACUACUGACAAAAAAUACUGUUGACAUUCUAUUGCAAUAGUAAAUUUAUAGUGUUAUUCCACCAAUAUGUGUAAUCAAACUACAUCAUCAAUGGUUUUAUGCUAUGUAAGCUAAACUUGCUAUUUACAUCCUAGGUACAAGCGUCAAGUCAGAACAGAAUAGGAAUCACCUCUGGUUUCAAGAUGAUGGUAAAAGAAGGAGGUGUCAAGUCUUUAUGGAGAGGAAAUGGUGCCAACGUAGUUAAAAUUGCACCAGAAUCAGCUAUAAAAUUUUUUGCUUAUGAAAAGGUAAAUGCUCUUAACCCUUUUAAGCACAGAAGUGAGCAAAGUGAAAAUUUGACAAAAUUUUCAAAUUCCAUUUUGUAAAAUGCUGAAAAACAAAUACUGUCUUUCCUUGAAUAGUAGCAGGGGGUGAUUGUUUCUUUUUUCGCACCAAAAGGGGCGAUAUAUUCAUGGGAAGACGAUCAUUAGGGGGAGGCGAUUAUUUCAAAUAGUGCUCACUCUGAGUCGUGCCCUAAAUACUUUGUUCUAUUUUUCCAUUAAAUUAAAAAAUAAUCACAUCAAACAAACUGAACAUUGACAUUUAAAGUGUUCCAAAUUUGGUUCCUUGAUUAAUUUUCAAUGUCAAUGUCCUCGGUGUCAGAGCUUGAAUUGUCUCUGAUCAGUUUUGCUGGAUCAGACUCCACUUUUGCUGUAUCCUCCAAGUCUACCACCAUGGGUAUCCCUAGCGAGUAACCUACAGGGGUGGGGUAGGGGCGAUUAUUUUAAACGUAUCCAUCAAAGGGAGGCUAUUAAACGAGGGACGGCUAUUAUUUGAGGAAAUACGGUAGUACCAUGUGAAAAUACUGCUGACGGGAAUUCAUUUGAAUGGUAACACCAUAGGAUUUUGUAGAGGCUUCUUCAAGACUUAUCAUUCAGUCUUGGAGUGUCAGUAUUAAAGAAAUUCACUAGAAUUGCUGCAAUGUUGGCUGUUGGCAGUUAGUCAACCGCCACCCGGUUAGCUCAGUUGGGUAAUUGCUGGGCUGCCGAGCUGGAGGCCGCUGGUUCAAGUCCCGGCUGGACCAACACUCAGGGUCUUUAAAUAACUGAGAAGAAAGUGCUGCCUUUGUAAAGACAUCUGCAAACGGUUAGACUUCCUAGUCUUCUUGGAUAAGGACGAUAAACCGUAGGCCCUGUCUCACAUUCCUUGCAUAUAUAAAUUCUGUGGGACGUUAAAGAACUCACACACUGUUCGUAAAGAGUAGGGGACGUAGUCCGUGGUGUGGUGGUCUAUCUCUCAUGGGGGGAGGAACUGUUACGGGCCAAAAAUAAAAUAGCUAUGUUGGAUGGUCAAGGAUCAUCAAAGCAUUCUAAGCCUUAGUUGAUACAGUCGUCUUACUGUUUGUCAAAAAGGCACGAACUCAAGAACAGCAACAUAAAAAUUAAAACCACUUUAGUUGAAGUUUAAUCUACAUUUAAAUCUUAGGUAGUGCAAAUUUAGACAAUUUCAGCCCUCACCAACUGGCCAUGGAAUUCUUUGAAAUAAGAAAAAUGACCUCUUGAAACUGUGGAAGGUUGAACAACAAAAACUAAACCCCUGGUGAUUUACAUUUUAGCUCCCUUUUCAAAAUCAUUAUUGCCUUGUUUUGAAAUGUCAUUUGUUCAGGCAAAGAAACUGUUAGGUGCGGAUGAUAAACAGCUUGGUGUGAGUGAAAGACUAACAGCUGGUGCCAUGGCCGGUGUAGCUUCACAAACAUCUAUAUAUCCACUUGAGGUAGUAUUCCCUUAUGACGUUUAAUACUCUUAGUUUUAUUGUUUUUUUUUUUUUGACUGAAGUAUUAGUAGUAAUAAAGGAUAUUUUAUGGCGUCCCAAGUGGCGAGCAGUGAGGAGAAAUUGCUCUUUUUGGAGGCGACAUGUUUCAAUGUAGCUGAUUGUUUUAGACUUGACAGAUAAUGGACGAGUUUGCUGUCUUCCCCUUAAUUAAGGUGUCUUUGCUGACUUUAUAAAGGUUCGUUUUACAUAAAAACGAGAACACACGUGUGAAACAUACUGAGCUACACUGUAUACAUCCAACACUUAUUAGAGGGUGUCCGCUUAUUAGCAGGUUCGCUCAUUACGGGUUUCCCUUCAUAUAUUUACCAAAAUUAAAAAAGAAAGAACCUUUCAGAAAAAGGAAAAAAUUAUUUUUGUUGUCUUGUGUUUGUAGGUGUUAAAAACAAGGUUAGCUCUUCGUAGGACUGGUCAAUACAGAGGACUCUUUCAUGCAGCGUAUGUGAUAUUAACAACUGAAGGAGUUAGGAGCUUUUAUCGAGGAUUGUUUCCAAGUCUUCUAGGAAUUAUUCCUUAUGCUGGGAUAGAUCUUGCUAUAUACGAGGUAAGGCUUCAUAUCUGUUAUUUUACAUGGGAAGGCCAUACUUUAUCAAACGCCUUAUCUUUAUACCCAAGAGCUUGAAACGAAAAUGAAAAUUUUACCCUGGCCACCAGCUUAUUAAUUUUCUGCUCCUGAAACCUCCACAUAAUGGCCAUCUGUACAAACUAGCAGAGGCCAGUAUUUUAUUAUCCCAAAUCGGAAACUAGCCUUUAGGUUAUCUCUACUUGACGGCUUCAUCACCACUGUGAAGUUUGGUAAAACUUUUGUUCACGCCAUUUCCUAAGGACAUGUACAGGGCGCCAUGACAGUGAUGACGCCCUUGCUACUCACACAGUGGUCACGCCCAUCAAAUUUUGUUCCGUAGAUAGCUUUGGUGUAGUUGUUUGACUGUUUGUAGAAGUAUUAUAUGAAAGAAGAUCAUCGCAGUUAUAGACGCAACUUUUGCAGUUGCGAAAAGAAAGCCUGAAAAAAACAUUCAGGCUUCUACGGGAUUCGAACCCUUGACCUCUGUGAUACCGGUGCCGCGCUCUGUCAAUUGAGCUAAGCCAGCCGGGAGCAGGUCGUUUGUAGAACGUUGAGGUGCAGUAAUGUAGUCUCUGCUUUUGUAAAUGGACCAGUGAGUGUGUACUGAUCAAACCUGUUUCUAAGUUUUUUCCUUCGAGUCGCCUGCGUCACAACUGAAUAAGCAUCAUUCCCUUUGCUUGUAAUUGUCGGAAUCAGGUUGCAAUUACAGCCCAUACUGCUAUGUAACACAGUUAUUAUUACAACUUUGCUUAAGAUUUACUUUAUAAAUCCUUAAGGGUUAACCCACUUUAAGAACAAUAGUUUUCUUUUAUUGCGAUGAUUGUCCAUAGUUCUCAUACUAAUUUAACCCUUUAAGCCCUAAGAGUGAUCAGCAUGAAAUUUCUCCUUAUAAUAUCAAUGCUUUAGAAAACAGAGUGGUCGUGAGAAUUGAGGUCGUGAUCAGGGAAGAUGAGUCUUAUUGAUGUUUCAACAAAUUCUCCCCACUAUUUCUGUUGACAAAGUAUGGGGACUGUAAAUGAGAAUCUCAGUUUUGAUAUUAGGGUUUAAAGGGUUAACAACGGAGCACAUUCAGUAAAACUGGAAAUGGCUUUAAAUUCUCUAGCCUGUGCGUCGUAGACGUAAUCUAAUCCCAGCAGGUAACGUUGGCGAAGCAGCGCCAAAUCCUUGUUCUUAGCUCCCAACGGACCAACGAAAGAAUUACCGGAAAUACGUUUCGAAUUUCCUUUCAUCCUGAUUGGCAAAAUGACAAUGGCUUUUUUAACAGGCCAAUCACGUUGUGUACUCAAAUCCUGGUACACAUGUGAGGAUCCAGAAGAAGGAUUUCAGCGCUGACUCGCGGACGUACCUAACCAAAGGUUUCAUUUUAUCUGUGGCGCAGACUAGAAAUUCCCAAACUUACGUGUUAGGCAGUAAAGAUGAUUGUGACUGGCAUACCAAUCCAUUGUUUUAAAUUUUGCUUUGCAGACUCUUAAAAACCUUUACUUAAAUUACCACAAGAACCAGUCAGCUGAUCCAGGAGUGUUUGUGCUGUUAGCUUGUGGUACAGCGUCAAGCACCUGUGGACAAUUAGCUAGCUAUCCUCUGUCACUGGUUAGGACUAAAUUACAAGCUCAAGGUAAAGUAUUCACAUUACCCCAUCACUUUGUUUCCUUUCUUGCUGUCAGCUUUCUUUACAACGAUGAAUGUUGAAGAUAAUGAUACAGUCAACUCUUUAACGACGGAUACUGUCAAGGCUAACCCUUUAAAAGUGCGUCUUCAGUUCCUGUGUUCAGCGGUCAUGAAGUCUAAUCUUCUGAGAUAGAGAAACAGCUUUUAAGACUCACAAAUUUGUUCUUGUCUCCAGGCCCCAGUUGUUUAACAGGGGGAUAAAUCUCUAUCCAGUGGAUAACGCAAUUGAUGUUCCAAAUACUUAUCCGCUAGAUAAUUAUCUUUAUCCAGUGGAUAGCGCUAUCCAUCGUUUGAAAAACUGGGGCUCUGGACACUCCCGCUGUCCCAGAUUUACGUUCUUGACAUCGUUUAUAGUAGGCACAUGAGCAAUUUAGGACGCAAAUAAGAUCGGGCCGCAAUGGAGGAGGACGCGCGCUGACCUCGCCCUUCUUGCGUGUCGUACUCGCGCGUGAAUCGUUUAUCUCUCGUCACACUUUUUUUUAUAUACCUACCACUCAGCAGCCUCUCACGCAGGUGUUUUUAGGGGAUUCGAAUUAUCUCCCUCCCCACUGAAAUAAGACCCCCCUUAAAAAACCCUCCGCAGGAGGCUAGCCAGGCAUUUCUCUUAGGCACCUUACUUUUCAUCGUGUGCACAAUGUCCUGUAGACUAAAAGCCAUAUUAACCGAAUAUUUAUUUAUUGAUUGAUUGAUCUUAACAGCGCGAUCUAAAGAUGCCACCGGGGGAGAUAACAUGGUAUCUGUCUUUAAAAGAAUAUUGCAAGAAGAUGGUCCGCGUGGACUUUAUAGAGGUCUGGCACCUAACUUUAUGAAAGUUGCGCCCGCCGUUAGUAUUAGCUAUGUCGUGUACGAACAUUUGAGAAUGAGCCUUGGAGUUAUAUAGCAGACGCAGGAUAGCUUAGCAGAAGAUCAUAGUUUGUGGAGGGGAACUAUGAGUUAAUCAGAUGCUGGACUGCUGUACGUUCGGAAUUGGACAAAGUAAAAAAGGAAGGCUUGUUUCGAGCAAGUUAUGUCCCGUGAACGAGGAAGUAAUAAUUGUAAUGACUCAACGCCGGUAGAAAUUUAUAUUAGAUCUCACUUUUGUUUUACAAAACAAUUCUAACGUUCAUUUCUGAUUUCAUUGUAUUUUAUUUGAAAGAUUUGCUUAUUUUUCAGGCGACUAAUCUAUCUCAAACGGGGGUAUUUAUGCGGUUUUUUGUAGUGGGAAUUGUGAAAAAGGAAAAAUACAGGAAGUAAUUGCUUUUAUGUGCGCAAUACAUUACUUUCAAUUUGUUAACCGAAAGUGCCGGUUGCAUUUUGGUGACAAGUUUUUCUUGCGUGUAUUAUCGAUCACAAACGCGACAAAUUUUUACGUUUUUGAAAGCAAAUAGUUCCUCUGUUUGUUACCACUUGACAAUUUAUCGCGAGUAAUCGAUGUGGUUAAAAGAUGGCUAUUUUCCUAUUUGUUAAUGCGCAGAAUCUUGGAGCAUGUUGAACAUGCUGGAGUUUUAACCAACGUCCUAAUCAAUUCUUCAAUGUAUUGCCCUAGGACUAACGUAUUAUCAAAGACGAUGUAUGGUGUAAAUAACUACAGGCUGUAAAGCGUUUUAUUUCUUUUUGAUGGAAAUUACCUCCCGUUGUAAGCGUUUAGUACGUUUAAGAAAGAAAACUGAAAUAAUCGCAAGUGCUGCAAGCAACUUGGUACCCGUACUGGUUUCCGUACUGUAAGAGACUGUGGAGUCUAAAUCACGAACUUUCAAUGACUAAUUUGGACGGUCUAUACGGCUCGACUCUUGAAGCCCAUGUGUUCAGCCGGUUUCUUCCCCCAACAAUUAGGGAGUUUAAGAUACCACAACGACGACGGCCACGAAAACGUCUCCUAAAAAGUGAAUUCGCGUUCUUUAUACCUCUAUGGUAGCCUGCGUGGCAGGCGUUCGAAAGGGAAGGGAAAGGGAAUUAGGGCGCGAGACCACGCGCGAGGGAGGAGGCAGGCGUUUCCCUCCCUCCUUCCUCGCGCGCCCCUCGCGUUCUCUCGCGCCUAAAACUCCCUUUCACAAAGCUCCCUUUCCCUUCCCUUUCAAACGCCUGCCACGCAGGCUACCUCUAUGGCGAUUAUUUCAACUCGCUUACUUUGUCAAAUGCAAGCGAUCUCUCUUGGAGCCGAAUUCCAAACAACCAUAUCCAAGUUCAGAUAGAGGAAGAAAAUUUCGUCGUCGCUUGUUUAUGUCCUCCGUAAAACGUGAUAUUAGGCAUUUUCACGUCAUAGUCAUGUAGUGACGGUAAAGAAAUGUACAAAAAAGCGUUAUGCACUUGCAAAGUUGUUUUUCUGCCUAUUCAACAUAUUGUUUUUUUGACGUUCUCGUUGAUGUCGCAGUCGUGGUAUCUUAAAAAAUAUAUCCCUAAAAUCGGAGAGACGGUCCCUUUCCCCGAUUUUGUUGGAUGGGAGAGGGGGCGGCUGUACACAGGGUAGACUCUUGUUACAUGUUGUUAGGAGAACCCUUCGAAUUC